ACGUUGUUAUUAAUUUCACUUUCCUUUUACCGCCAUGUCGGACAGUGGAUCAGAGUGUGGCGAUGGACCUUGGGUUGCAUACAGAGAGAGAGAAGAAUGGAAGGAUGUUUCGCCUGUGCCACAGGACGACGGACCACACCCGAUUGUUCAGAUAGCAUAUUCGGACAAAUUCCGGGAUGUUUAUGAUUAUUUCCGUGCCAUUGUUGCCAAGAAAGAGAUAAGUGAUAGGGCAUUAGACCUUACCAAAGACGCAGCUGAGCUUAAUGCAGCCAAUUACACAGUAUGGCACUACAGAAGAACAAUAAUGAAGGAAUUAAAGAAAGAUUUAAAAGAAGAAUUAAGAUAUAUAACACAAGUUAUAACAGAACACCCUAAAAAUUAUCAGGUUUGGCAUCACAGAAGGGUUAUUGUGGAAUGGUUAGGAGAUCCAAAAGAAGAAUUAGAAUUUACUGCAAAAGUACUUAGAGGGGACGCAAAAAAUUACCAUGCUUGGCAACAUCGGCAAUGGGUUAUAAGGGAAUUUAAUCUAUGGGAAAAUGAAUUAGAUUAUGUCAACAAACUACUCGUAGAAGACCUCAGGAACAACUCUGCAUGGAAUCAACGAUACUUUGUCAUCAACAACACAACAGGGUUUAAUGAUGAAGUCGUUGAUCGAGAAGUCAGUUACACCCAAGAUUUCAUCAAAAAAGCACCAAACAAUGAAAGUGCAUGGAACUAUUUGAAAGGAGUAUUGUUAGACCGUGAAUUAAGUACAUAUCCUGGUUUAAUGGAAUUCUGUCAACAACUGUACAAUGACAGAUAUCGGUCACCUUAUUUAAUAGCUUGUAUGAUUGAUGCAUACGAAGAAAUGUUAGAAAACAACAAUGGUGAUCAAGAGGAAACACUCAAAAAAUCUGUACAGAUGUGCACAUCAUUAGCAGAUGAAUUUGACACUAUAAGAAGUGAAUAUUGGAACUAUGUAUCUCGUGUGUUAUCAAAUAAAUAUGGACAAAGUACAACACCAACAACAGAACAAAAUGUUGUAUCAUAGCAUCAGCUCAGUAUAGAAUGUUUUGGUUAACCUCACUCUUCGUAUGCAUUCCCAUGUAUACGUGUGAUUAUACUUAUCCUCCAGCCAUUUUGUGUAAUUGCAUUAUGCCAUGAGCAUAUUAAAACCAACACUGCUAUAUGAGGCUGUGUGUAAAUAUUUUUUAAACAUAUUGUUUAUAGAUAUGGAAUUCUAGAUGUUUUCACAGAUGUAGAAAGAUUUAUUCUUGCUGAAACCUUCACUUCUCAUGUCAACACUAAGAAAAUUUGAUGGUUUGUUUAUGGGUUGUUUCAAAUGUAACACAAAAACUGCUACUACAAUAUGCUAUCAUACCACUGAAAUAUAACUUUUUACAUGUUUUAUAGUGAAUUUUAGGAUCAAAAUGUAAAACUGCAAUUAGAUACCGGUCCUAAGUUCUGUUAUUUUCUCCCAGUCAACAUUGUCAAGAAAUUAUAUGAAUUAAAUGAAUUACUCAAUUUAAUUAUCAGAUUUUGUUAUGUUAACAAUACUAAAUAGUGUAAAUUAUUUUUGAGAUGUGUUGCUCUGUGAGAAGGCUGCUUUGAUGGUUUUGUGAAGCAAAGCCAGGAUGUUCAUAUUUUGUUAUAUAUUUGUUUUCCCUUUAUAAUAAAAAGUGAAUAAUA